CGAAAUAAAUGUAUUUGCAGCAUCUAGUAAUUGUAAUACCAAUACGACAAGCGAUCCAUGCGUUCAGGCAAAUUCUUUAUUGAGACCUUGUGGCUCCUCUAUUCUUAAACCGCAACCAACUUCAACGUCUGUAGAAUUACGCAUUAGUACAUGUAUGUCUACAAGCGAUUUGAAUGUUCAUGUUAGAAAUGAAACACAAUAUAUAAGUGAUUGUGCUUCUUUUGGUGCUCAAUUUAAUGAAAAUGCUCCUACUGAUACAGGCGGUAGUGGGGGUGGUUCGAAUUUUGUUUUAAUAAUAAUAUUUGUAAUUAUUGCAAUUAUUGCAGUUGCAGUUGUAGCAUCACUCGUAAUUUGUCAACUUUGUAGACGAAAAAGACAACAAAAUCAAAAUGCAGCAGCAGCAUUUAAUGAGAUAAUACUUCCUGAUAGUCAUAAUCAUUAUACAGGUCAAAAUCAAUAUUCAAUUCCACAAUCAAAUAUGGGUUAUUCUUCAGCUCCACCUCCCCGAUAUUAUUAA